AGGUUUAGCAUCCCAAUGAAGGCGCGUCCCAAUGAAGGCGUUACCCUUGUUCCCACCAUUCAAUGGUCGUCAUUUCGUGCGUGUGGACUUUUGGCAUGGCCCAAAACAUUGGCCUAUGGUCAUAUCCAUUCGCAGGCGUGGCCACAAAAAACCUGCAUUCUCUAGGGGUUGGAAACCCUCUGUCCGCGCAAAUCAGUUGGAGGUCGGUGAUGUAGUCAGAAUCUUCAGGGACGAAGAUGAAGCCGGAAUCUGGUAUCGGAUUGAGAUCGUGAGAAGCAGCAACCUACCCAGGCCAACUCCAGUCGCUGUGCCAACCGCCCACAACAGUAAUUUCAAUGUGGAGGUCGCUGCAAACAUCCCUGCCAUCAAACAAGAGACUCAACUGGCCCUUGGAAUUGGUCGGAAGCCUGAAGAGCUCAGUUUGAAGCCAUAUGACAAGAAUUUGGGGUUGACACUAAGCAAGGGACUGCAAGCGCCCAUGUUUCCCUUUCUAGCGGAAGUGGAACUCGAGAGCACUGGUGGCGUGCAGCAGCAAAUUGCCCAUGAAACCCACCACGAUCAUCCUAAAACAGCCAAUUUGAAACCAAUUCUUGAUCAAACCAGUGCAGAAGAAUUUCGUCUGAACUUAGACCUGACUCUGGCACCACCUGUGGUGGCCUGUGAAGGAAAUCAGGUGCCUACAAUGGGUUUGUUUGCAACUGAGUCAGAAGACUUCAAUCCAGGGAUUGUUUUGAAUUUAGAUCUCACUCUCGCACCACCCAAAAUAUAAAUUAGGUGCCUUUUCUUCUUUCCCCACUUCCAAACAUUUCCUAGAUUUUUUAAUAUUCCGCCUUUCUUCUUCUGAAUAUCCGCAAAAUGUACCGCUCAAUAAGGAAGUGGGUUUGUGUUUAUUAUUCUUGUUAUGGGACCAUGUAUAUUCCCUUUAUUUAUUUAUGUAUUUUUUUUAUGUUUGAUUGUGAUAAAGGGGCCAUUAGCAG